AUGAUCGCCGUGCAAUCGCCUCGUCCAGCCACAGCCACAAGGCCACCGGCAAAGCCUCUGCGCAGAAGCUCGCCUGCCCGCGCAGCAAAGCACCACCUCGAACCCAACCCGUUCGAAAAGUCGUUCAGCUCCGGACCCAACUCGUCCGAGUCCGUCGAACGUCGCUCCGACCUCAAAACUGACGCCAAAUCCACCAACGUCAGCACGCCACCUCUCUCCACGCGUCCAGGCGCCGCUUAUCGCGAUCGCACCUUUUCCAACAACAAGAACCAGACCUCGCCUCAGGAGACCACCGGCUCGACUCCCAAACCGCUCUUGCCACCCGUAGCCUCCAUCACUUCGCCAGCCGGCGAGAACAACCCGUAUCCUUGGUCCGCCGGUCUCACCAGCUCGUUGCGAUCCGGUCCUCUCUCGCCCGCCAUGCUCGCUGGUCCUCAGAGCUCUCAUUUUGAUCCCAACUCGUUCCGCACCGGCUUCACUCCGGACCUUUCCAACUUCAAGACGGGUCUCACGCCGCUCGGCGGUGGCAUGUCGUUCCCGCCACCUUCGCCCAACACCGCCGCCUUCCUCGCCGUCAUGGUCAGCAGCACCUCGGGCGCUUCCACGUCGGCAGCCACCAUCACGCCCAACACGCUCUCGGCCCUGACCAAUGCUGCAGCAGCUGCCACCAACGGCGGCUCCAUGGAUCCUUCCGCAGCGGGCGGUUCGGCGCUCUCGACGCAGCCGCAGAACUUUGCCGGCAAACCCACCGACGCGCAGAACGCGUUCGACCUCGCCUUCAGCCGUUCGUUCCCCAACGAGCGUGCCGAUGCCAAGCUCGCCGGAUCCAAGCUCAAAGCCGAGGUCAAGGCGGGCGAUUCGGACAGGAGCGUGUCGCAGAGCAUCAGUCCGCAGAUGAUGCAGAAGCCCUUGGAGGGUGGUGCCAACGGCGACCAGCAGAACGCCGCCUCGGGUCUGUUCUUGUUGAGUAGAGCGCAUCAGGAGAUGGCCAAGCGCGAUGGCGCCGGCGCCGGCGCCUCGUCGACGUCGCUGUACGAAUCGAAAUCGCAGCCCAAGAAGGGCGCCAACGCCAAGAACGCCAAAGACGAAAAACCGGGCGCCAACAAGCGCAAGAAAUCCAGCUCGACCGACGACAGCAUUUCCACUGCUGCCGCUUCUGGUUCGAUGAACGCUCCUCCACCUGCCAAAGCUGCCAAGACGGCGAAAGGCGGCAAGAAGGCGGCUGCUGCUGCUGCUGCUGCUGCGACGGCGGAUGCGGCGACUGGGCCAAGCAAAGGAGCACCUGCGGCGUCCAAAAACGGCGGCGGAUCGCUCAAGUCGGACAACGGCGACGACGACGACCAACAGUGGGACAGCGACGACGAGGACGGAAAGGGAGGCAACAUGGACGAGAAGCGCAAGAACUUUUUGGAGAGGAAUCGACAGGCGGCGCUCAAGUGUCGACAACGCAAGAAGGCCUGGUUGGCUUCGUUGCAGGCCAAGGUGGAGUAUCUGCAGAACGACAAUGAGAACCUGCAGAACACGGUGGGCGCGUUGAGGAACGAGAACAUGUUUUUGAAGAGCCAGUUGGUGCAGGCUACGGGCGGAGCGGUGGUGCCGGGCGUGGGUAUGCCGAUGGGGCCGGGCCCGAUGGGGUUGCCCAUGGCGGGCGUGGAGGGGCAUCAUGGCAUGGGACCGGGCGGGAUGGGGAUGCCGCAUCCUGCGUACAUGCAUCCGGGUCCCGGCGGUGGAUAUGCGAGGGGUGGAGGAGCACCAGGGUUUGAUCCGAGGCAGCAGCAGGGAGGACCGGGGGGAAGACCGCGUUCCGAGGGGGAUGUUCUAGCGGGUGCGGGCGAGCAGGGGAUGAACGGAGUCAAGCACGAACGCGAGUGGAGCAGCGCCAGUGCUGAUGCUGGCAAGGGUGCGGGCGCAGCUGGUGGUGCCAUCAAGGUGUGA